AUGGCCGCAAUGGCUUCUGCCAUGGACGUGAUCUUUCACGUCGACUGCUCCAGCACAGAACCAGGCGAGCAAGUCUUCAUUGUGGCGUCCUGCAAAGAACUGGGCGCCUGGGACCCCGCAGAGGCGCUCCCUUGUUUCACCUCCAGCGCGACGUUUCCGCGCUGGACGUCUACUGCCGUGAAACUGCCAAUCGGCAGCAGGACUGAGUUCAAGGUUUUGAUCCGGGGCCACCGUGGCAACCGAUGGGAGCAUGGCCAGAAUCGACAACUACAGGUGGAGCUUCCGGUGGGUGUAGAGGCGACGAAGAUGGUCAGCCUCACUUACGGGCAGCAGGGCGUCAAGGAUGCCGAAGAUGCUGCUGAAUCCGAACCACCCACGCUGCCCAUGCUGCUCGGCCAACCCAUCAAGGCCGCGGUGCCGUGCGAUCUCGGCUCAAAGGCGGCCUUGCCCAGCGAGGGCAAUCUGGAGGCUGCCGGGGCCUGUGGCAGCGCCGCGAAGGAGGCGCCAGCACCGCAGGAGGGUCGCUUCCAGCUCCUUCCCAAGAUGGGAUCGGUGAUCAUGGCCUGCGGCCCGAACGGUGAGGAGCCGGCGAUCAAGGCCGCCGGGCGCCUGUGCGCGGUGGAGCCAGCGUGGCCCGGUGGUCAGGGACAUGGCUCUGCGGUCGUUCGCGUUGUGGCAUUUUGUGGCGUUUAUUUCCUGAACGCAAGUGCAGAGGCAAAGCGCUGCCUCCAGCAGUUCGUCUCGAAGACGUUCAUUUGUGGCUCAGCGGAAGAUGGCAGCAGGGGACCGAGGGUAGCUCGUUUGUUUCAUGCGCGGCUUGCUCGGCCAGGCACCUUUCAGAUGACGACGCCAGAGGCAACAGCAGCGGCCGGUCCGCGCCCUGGGGAAGUUUUGGCGUUCCUGUCGGCUAUUGGCUUCGCUCGCCUGCAAGACGACUUGCUUGGGAAGCUCAUUGCUUGCGUGCAGAAGCAAUGGCAGCAGCUGCGACACCAAGCCGAACUCACCAGCGACCGCGGUAGCAGCAAGCGGUCGCACGAAGACCUCGAGGACAUCAAGCCGCCCGCCAAGCAGCAGCGCCACCCGCGCUCGAUCUUCAUGAGGUGCUCAGCUGGAGCAAUGCCGGGCAUUCCCUCACCCGUGAAAAAGGACUUUGUGUCCCAGCUCAGGGAUGAUCAUCCCGAAGACGCAGAGGAUUUGGGCGAGGCACUGCAGGUGCUGAGGCAGCAGAAGAUCAACAGUUUGGAGCGGCUGGCAAAGUUGACAGAUGGCCAGUGGCAACGCCUCAACAUUCCACUGGGCAUCGAGUCCCUGCUGAAGGAAGAGGCCGAGGCGGCCCUUGCGUCUUCCACAGGUGAAGAGUCUGCACCGCUGGCCUCUGAGGCCUCAGCCAAGACCGCCCCCGAGCGCCUUGAGAGGUUAGUCGACGAAGUGCAGCUGGAGGAGGAGUUGGUCAGCGAAUCCGGGCUCUACCGACGCGGCGCAGGCCGAGUAAAGAUGGAGGCGAGCCGGGAAAGUGAUGGGAGGCGCUCCGCUCAGCGAGCCGAGCCUGGGAUGCUUGGUGACAUGGAGCUGACCCCGCCACACAACCUCCCAGAGCUGUGGCGCGAGCUUCUAGAGGACACGCUGCCACCUGACAAAAGGGAGCUGCUUCAGGCUUCUUGGGAUCGUGCUGCGAGUGAUAGCGAGCGAUACAUGCUGUUCUUGGAGUACAGCAGCUACCUGCGCAAGCAGGAAGUCUCUGAGGAAGACAAAGCUGAGACCAGGAAGCAGCUGGAGCCACUUCUGAAGCAGUAUGGGCUCCAUGAGGCUCAGGAGUCAGACUCCCCAGGGUCCGCCAUCUGGUUUAUGCUGGUUGCCCUGGUGAUGGUUAUUGCUGCCGUGAUAUGGUACUCCUACGCGCACGCUGAGACCGAGAUAGAAGCUCAGUCCUUGUGA